GUCACUACGCGACCCAGUACUAAACGAGUGUAAAACAGGCAUUGAAAGGGUAGCAGUGCAGUGUGCGGCUAUACUCUUUAUUUACUUCUAUUUUACUUCAGCCAAUUGAAACGAGAGGGCCAGUUAUUCUCGACAUAUCUAUUAUCAAGGAGAAGGAGAUAUCGCAUCCACAUAUCAAGUCAUGCAUCCAGCAACAGCCAAGUGGUACGACAGGCGGGAUUAUGUUUUCAUUGAGUUCUGUGUCGCAGACAGCAGGGAUGUUAAGGUCAAUUUCGACAAGGCAAAGUUUGGUUUCAGUUGUUUUGGGGGAACUGACAACGUCAAACAUGACAAUGAAGUAGACCUUUUUGAAGCUAUUGAUCAAAAUGAGUCCAAACAUAAACGGACAGAUCGAUCUGUGUUGUGCUGUUUACGAAAAGCAGAUCCAGGAAAGGCGUGGCCAAGGCUAACAAAGGAUAAAGCUAAGGUAACCUGGCUGAGUGUGGACUUUAACAACUGGAAAGACUGGGAGGAUGAUUCAGAUGAGGAGCUUGGCAACUUUGACCGUUUCUCAGAGAUGAUGAACACCAUGGGAGGGGAGGAUGACCUACCUGAUUUAGAUGGAGCUGAUGAUGAGUCUGCAGAUAGUGAUGAUGAAAAAAUGCCAGAUUUGGAAUGAAAUACUCUUUUUCGGAAAAACGAAUGCAGGAGGAUUCAUCAACAAACUAUCUUGGUUGAAGCAGUGAAAAAAAAACUGUAAAGAUGAGUUGGUAGCCAUAUUUAAAUCCAUAGCCUCAUGUUCAGAGCGCUCUCCAAUCAGUCCACUGAACAUUAAUAUGCAUAGUGUUGUACAAAGAAGCUAUCUCCGCUUCCAUUUGCAGUGCUGCACUUUUGGCGUAUUCUGUUUUACUAUAAAUUACAAGUAAGCACAUUUGUUUUGGAACAACUGUACAGUCAUCCUCAACCUAGCAAUACAUGUGAAGAAACUCAAAAAAGUCUUGAUAUAUAUCUAUAAAAAAAAAAUUCUGUGUUUUAAAGUUGAUUUCAGUGUAAUUCAAGGUAAAAGUUUGAUCAAUAUUAUUUUUGAAGACACUAGCCAAGAAUCAGUUGCAUCUUGCAGUGGGUUCUCUUGAGCCUGUGUGUGUGUGGAUAGUAAUCUCAGAAACGGUUAACAGUUUUGUAAUUCAGAUGUUUCCCAUUUUUCCUGUAAAUCUGUUAAAUUCAAAAUGUGCCCGUAUCAAUGUUUAUAAUAUCAAAUCUGGAAUUUCUGCAGUUUAGACAUCUCGCUCUGUAUUUCCUCACAACCCAAUUUUCUGACUAUCCUGAUCUAGGUUUUGUCACAGUUUGAAAUGUGUUCAAGCAAGCAUUCACAUUGCAUUGAACUCAAAGAAAAUAUUACCCCUUUUAAUAACCUAUGAAAUGAAAGGAGGGCUUGAAUAUUUUCAGGUCCAAAUAUCCAUAUACAAACACUUUGUUUGUUCUCAAAAAUAUUGCCUUCUAUUCAAAGGUACAGUAGUUAAUUCAGAUACUUAGCCUAGUGGUGUCAGGGAAGAUAAGGUUAACAUGUAUAAUGACCAAAUUAUAUUUGCACUGUCAAGGAAAUGUGAGAUGAGUUCUUGUUCUGUAUUUCAACCUGACAGAUUAUCCCAGGCUGAAUAACUUCAAUUUGAUGUUGAAUUACAGUGGAAUUUUUUUUAUUGUCUACAUCUUUCUAAUAAACUGUCUAAAACUUG